AUGAAUUCAAUUAAAAAAUUAUCAACAACAGCAAUUAAAUUUACAAAACAAACUCAAAGAUUUAAUAAGAGAGGAUUUUUUAAAAUUUUAAAUCAAUAUGAACGUGGUGUUGUAUUUAAUUUUGGAAAAUUUCAUACAGUGAAAGAAGCAGGAUUUCAUAUAGUUAUUCCAUUCAUUCAAAAAUGUGAUAUUGUUGAUAUUAGAACUUUCACAUAUACAUUAGACAAACAAAAGAUCAUUUCCAAGGAUAAUAUUAAUUUAACAGUUGAUGCACUUGUAGUUUUCAGAAUCCAUGACCCGAAAUUAGCAGUUACCAAAGCCAAUGAUUGUAUAUUACUUGUUAAUGAAAUGGCACAAAUUAAAGUUUGUGAAAUAUUAUCUCACAAUACCUUGGAUCAAGUUUUACAUAACCGCGAUAAAAUCUCAAAUCAAAUCCAUGAUGAAUUAAAAGAAGCUCUAAAUAAAUAUGGCGUAACAAUUGAAUAUUUAAAAUUAAAAGAUAUCCAUUUCGAUGAAACUAUUGCAAAAGCAAUCGCAAAAAAAGUUGAAGCUGCCAAUUUAAGAGAUAUUAAAAAUUAG